CCGAGAGACCCUGACGUGUGAGUCGUCACUCGUGACUCGUGAUCGUGAGGAAGUUGGGGGGCGUUCGUGCCACGCGGUCGUCGGAUUAGACACGCAGCCCUUGCGUCGUCGCUUCCGCCCACCGACCCCGCCGCUCGUCUUUCCUUCCCCUCCGGCUGUAUAAAUACAAGGCGCCCGUGGCGGAGAUGGGCAUCGCUUCCUCCUCGUCUUCCACCCCGGAAUCCAGAACCAUGGCGCUCGCCAAGGCCAAGGAGAUCGUCGCGUCCGCUCCCGUCGUCGUCUUCAGCAAGUCUUACUGCCCUUUCUGCGUAAAGGUGAAGCAGUUAUUCACGCAGCUUGGAGCAAGCUUCAAGGCUAUUGAGCUGGACAAGGAAAGCGAUGGAGCUGAGAUGCAGUCAGCUCUUGCUGAAUGGACUGGACAAAGGACUGUCCCAAAUGUUUUCAUCAAUGGGAAGCACAUCGGUGGCUGUGACGAUACUGUUGCUCUGAACAAUGGAGGGAAGCUGGUGGCUCUGCUGACGGAGGCUGGAGCAAUCGCCGGUUCUGCUUCAAAGGCAACCAUGACUGCUUAGUUCGAUCUGCGAGUCGUCUUCGUCGACGUGUUAGUAUGUUACCACAGGGUUCCCGUGUAAUGAAAUAAUGGUGGAUGAUUCCCAAGUUCUGGACUUGUUGCUGUCGAGUAUGUCCGCUGUAACUGUUAAAUCGACGUGUUAAAACUCCUUUAUGCAUAAAUCAGAUUACCUUCGUGAUAUCAACCCCAAA